UCAGUGAGAUGGGCAAAAGAUGAUGUGAUCGAGGAAUUCAUGAGAUCAAUGGCAAAUCCAAUGAUGUGUAGAGAGAGCGAGAUAAUCUCAAUGACAAUAGCCAUGAGAAAGAGAACGUAGCUUUUUAAGAGUAAGGGAAAAGAGAUGGUUAUGGCACCAGCAGUGGUGUGCAUCCCGGAGCCAAUAGAGCAACUUCCAUUAUGACUCAAAAAAGUCAAUUAUGAUCGAUCUAAUAUUGUGACACGAAAUUUAAGGUACAGUGUUUUCGUUCGAGCAUCAACGAGGGAAAGUCAAUUGGUUUGACAUAGAUAGAGCUGGAUUCGGUGGGUAAUUACAAGGUGGGUUAAAAAAUUAACAGAUGUUAUCAACAAAUUUAAUAUACAGGGGAGAAAAUGCAGUCAUCAAAAUUAAAAGGUGGCAGAUGUUAUUGCAUUAAAGUUUGGUUGGGAAUGAAAUGCCGGUCGGCCAAAGAAAAUAGAAAAAGAAAAAAUCGCUGACGCUGAACAGAAACAAGAAACGAUACAAACAUCCUUUCUUCUUUGCAUGUCUGUCUCGAGGCUUAUGACAAUUGUUGGUUUGAUCGUGCGUAGUUGAAUCUCAGGAACUUGCAUAAAGAAGUUGGUCAUUGGGUGAUGUUGGUGAUGUCAAUAAAUUUAGGCAGCUUGAGGUGGGAAUAGGAAGUGAAAUGCUUGGUUCUAGGAGUCCUUCAAGCCAGGGGAGUGUGACUUUGCCAUCAGAUAUACCUGCCCUGCCCCAAUGCUUGCCUGUGGAUCCAAUUACAUUAGGCAAUCAGAAAAAUCCCCGUUCUGGAGAGCUAAGGAGAGUUCUGGGUGUUCCUUAUGGUAGCAUGACAGAAGACCAUUCUUUUGGGGUUUCCCAACUGAAACCUCCUCCUCCGGUGGCUACAGAGGAACUGAAACACUUUAAAGAAAGUGUGCAUGAUUCAACUAGAAAGGCCAGGGAUCAAAUAAAAUAUUUCCAUGAGAAGAUAUUCAAAUUCGAUAAGUAUAGGGAAUCAUUAAACUCGAAGAAGCGACAACAUAUUGAUGUUUCACCAAUUGAUCAGUCAUCAACAGCAAACUUGGUGAAGAUGGGAAGCCAGAUUCAAAGAAACUCUCAUGACUUGAUGACUCAAAGACUAGAGGGCAGGACCAAGAGUGUUGGGGUGAAUAAGUGUGUUCAUACAUCAUUAGCGGAUGUUCAAGUUUGUGUUUAACUAUUAAUAAUGAGAUGUAAUAUCAGACUGAUGUUAGAGCUGCUGCCACUUCAAGGCAGCAAAUGGUUACAGGAAAAGAUGGAGAUAUGUGACCUGCCAUUGGUGGGGCCACCAUUAAGAUUGAAGAAAAGAUCCACAGGUUGCCAGUUGGAGGUGAAGGAUGGGACAGGAAGAUGAAAAGGAAACGCUCUGUUGCAUCUGUAGGCAGUAGAGUUAUGAAUGGUGAACAAGAUAUAAAACAAGCUAUACAACAAAAGAUGAGUGCCGGUUCUAAGUUGCAAUCCUGUGAUGCACAGGCUCUCAGAUCUAAAUCCUCCCUUGGAGGAAUCAAUAAGUUGGAUGGUUCUUUCGAGCUUGCUAGUUCAGUACUCAAGACUGAGUUGGAGAGCCCCUCUCCAAGGGAUCGUACAUCAAUAUUGGAGCAAUGAAUUUUGGCAAAAGGAAACAAUAAAUUUGAACUUUCAUCAUUGCAGAUGUUGCCAGAUAUUCGGGAAGAUACUGCAGGAAACUGUUCAAGUACAAUGUUAAAAGGGCAGGCAUCUAGGGGACCAUGAACUGGUUCAAUCAUGGUGUUAGACUCAUCUUCUAAAGUUCAUUCAUCAUCUGGAGCUUUUCAGGGUUGGGAACAGCCUACAACUGUAAAUAAAGUCCCAAUGUUGGGUUUGACAAACAAUCAAAAACGUCCUUUGUCAGCUUCAUCUUCACAUGCCAUGGCUCAGUGGGUUGGUCAGAGACCAGAUAAAAACUCUCGUACAAGGAGAGCAAAUUUAGUUUCUCCUGUCUUGAACAACAAGGUUCAGCCUCCAGCUCAAAGCUUUUCAGCAUCUGACUUUGGUGGUAGAACUUCUUCUUUUGGAGCCAAUGAAUCACUAUUUUCCAGUAGCACAGAUAAUAAUACUCCAAAAAUAAAGAGGGAAUUUGAGAAUGUUUCAUCUCCAUUUGGGUUGUCUGAAAGUGAAGAAUCUGGUGCUGGGGAUGAUAAAUUGAAAGAGAAAGGAGUAGAAGGUGAUGAUGGCACAUUGUCUUUAGCUUAUAAGGUCAGGUCUUCUUCAUUGCCAAGAGGGAAAAAUAAAAUACUGACUAAUGAAAUUGGAGAUGGUGUUCGGAAACAAGGAAGGAAUGUAGGGGGUCUACCCUUGACAAGGUCAAGCAUUCAUCUGAUGAGGGAGAAGUUAGAAAAUGUACCCCCAACUAGGCCCCUUCAGAGUAUGAGGCCAGCUUCAGAUAAGAUUAAAAGUAAAACGGGCUGUCCACCUUCAAAGAAGUUGAGGGAUCGUAAGGCUUCAGUUCGUGUUGGGCUGAUGCUAAAUAAUGCCACUUCGGAUGUUGCAGGUGAAUCUGAUGAUGAUCAUGAAGAUUUACUUGCAGCCACCAAUUCUGCUUGUAAUGCUAGCAAUCUUGCCUGUUCUGGUAAAUUUUGGAAGAAAAUGGAAUCUAUUUUCACUUCACUUAGCUUGGAGGAUAUGACGUUCUUGAAGCAGCAGCUAAGUUUUUCAGAGGAGCUUGAAGAGACUUUGUCCCAGAUUUUUGGAGAUGAAUAUAAACUAUUGAUUCAGAAAAUGAAGAAAAACUUGAGGAAAUUUGAUAAAGCCAUUCAGAAAGGGGGAGAUGUGGAAAGGAGGAACAUUGAGCAUGGUGCAAUGGACCAACUUAUUGAAAUAGCUUACAGGAAAAGAAUGGCAUGUCAACGGAAUCAUGCUUCAAGGGGUGCAGUUCGUAAGGUUUCAAGACAAGUUGCAAUGGCUUUUGUCAAGCGAACUCUUGCUAGAUGUAGAAAGUUUGAAGAUACUGGCUUUAGUUGCUUCAGUGAGCCUGCACUGCUGGAUGUCUUGUUUUCUGCACCUCCAUGCAGCAGCGAUGCUAAGUCUGCUGACUAUGUCGGCUCAGGAACGACAAGUAAUACGUACAAUGAAGUGUGUAACCAUCAAACAGAAGCCAAGGGAUCAGGUGCUGUCUGCAGCACUUUUAAAAGAUAUGAUUCCCCAAGUGAUAAUCUCGACAGAGGUUCUUCAGAUGCUUUUCAAGCUGGUUUUCUUUCAUCUGAACACGUUUUCCCCAAGCAUGGAAUUAUUCUGAAGAAGCCAAAGAGGGAAGGACUAAUUGAUGAUGUUGUUGGCAGUGCAUCAUCUGGGGUAACAUCGACCCUUGACAACUCUAAUCUUGUCUAUGGAGCAAGAGGAAAGAAAAGCGAGAAAGAUAGGUAUCUAAACAAGGAUAAUUACAUAAGUAUCUCUAUUUCCCUAGCUGGUCGUUCGACAUUAGACAUCCUCAAGAACGAAUGCAAAACAAGAGGGAAGUCCAAGCACAAGAAUAACCACUCAUCCACUUCAGUCAGUGGGCUUAAUGAAAGGUCCUCCGUUAGCAGAUCUAAGCUGUCACUGGCUAGUAAUCAAAGGAGCAGAGAAGUGGGAUUAUCAUCUCCUGGUAAAAUUUCCAAGGAAUCAUGAAAAGCCGAGGACCCAGGAGAUUUUGCGAACUUGAAACUGAAUGAAUUAAGUUCCAUGGUUUAGCUGUACCAAAUGACUUAACUGUACCUCAAGAUCUGAAUAGUUGGUUAAACUUUGACGGAUUGCAAGACCAUGAUUCUAUAGGUCUUGAAAUCCCGAUGAAUGACCUUACAGAUUUAAAUAUGUUGAUGUAAAGAAAAUAUCAUGUCUUUAUUACUGCAAUUUUCUGGUAUAAAUUGAUUCUUAGGUAUACAAAGUGCUUGAAUGAA